UCCCCGAUCUCGGUUCUGUGAUCAUUCGAACGGAAACAUCCAAUAAAGACGGCCACGCUUAUUGGCCAGAAUCUGAUUGAAAGUGCCCAAUCAAAAGUGAUAGACAGAGGGUCCUUAUUAAGUGUUAAAUAUUUUUUAAAGUUUUUUGAAAGUAAAUUAGAAAAAAUGUCAGCUCUGGUCUGUGGAACUGCCUGCCUGGCCAUUUUCCAGCUUAUGCUGCAGUUAGUCCUGGCCCAGGACUACGGCUGGUGUGAUCCCACUUUGUGCGAGAAUGGUGUCAAACAUAUUGCCUGCCGAAAUACUGGACAAUUCGCCAGACGCUGCCAGCCGGAUUCAUUCCAAGUGGAUAUAAACCGCCACAAGGGGGAUUUCCUGCAUGCCCACAACAAGAGGAGAAACUUCCUGGCUUUAGGAAAGGUGCCGGGGUAUUAUCCGGCCGCACGAAUGGCCACAAUGGUGUGGGACGAUGAGCUGCAGUACCUGUCCAUGCUGAAUUCCCGAACCUGUAAGCUAGACCACGACGAUUGCCACAACACCUACCGGUAUGCCAACUCCGGACAAAACCUGUGCGCCGUGUGGCGUCCAAGAGAUCCCCAUGUGAAUGUGACCAGUUUGGUGGAGGAGUGCUUGGGUCUGUGGUUUAACGAAUACUCCCUGAUAGACAGCAGCUUCAUCGAUGCCUUUCGAGUCACCUCCAUCUUUGAGGACUACGGUCACUUUGCGGAGAUGAGUGUGGACAAGAGCUUUGCGCUAGGCUGCUCCAUCAUGAGAUUCACACGUCCCGACUACCCCUCCGUAUAUAUCUACAACUUCAUCUGCAACUACGCUUCACUGUACGCCCUGGGAGCUCCAGUUUAUGAGGCUGGCCGUCCGGCUUCUCGGUGCACCACGGGCAAAAGCCACUUCUAUCCGGGAUUGUGUUCCACGCGGGAGGUGUACGACCCCAAUUGGUAGAAGGGAUCCCAGGGGGAAUCCCUCCACUCAGGUACAACUGCCAAGAGUAUUUAGUAGCCCGUAGCUUUA